AUGUUAUUCAAGAUAACUGUAUUAGGUGAUGGAGGAGUAGGGAAGACUGCGUUGACUGUCCAAUUCACAAUGUCAUCCUUCGUAGAAACGUACGACCCCACGAUCGAAGAUUGUUAUAGGAAACAAUGGGUAGUAGAUGAUCAACCUUGUUUAUUGGAAGUGUUAGAUACAGCUGGACAAGAGGAAUAUACUGCACUAAGAGAUCAAUGGAUUCGCGACGGCGAAGGGUUCCUGAUAGUGUAUUCGAUAACAUCCCGACCCACGUUUGAAAGAGUGGAAAGAAUAGUUGAAAGAGUAUUAAGAGUAAAAGAUGAAUCGCAUUUAUCAUCGCCUUAUUCCAAUCAUUAUCCACAGUCACAUCCAUAUGGACAUCAAGCCAAUUCACCUACAAGUCAACGUGGAGGUGGGUUCGGAUCUGGUGGAGGAGGAGGAGGUGGUGGUGGUGGGGGAAGUAGAACACCAAUAGUGAUAGUUGGAAAUAAAAAAGAUCAAUAUCAUUCAAGGGAAGUUUCAACUGAUGAAGGAUCAAAUUUAGCAAGAUCAUUGGGAUGCGACUUUUAUGAAGCUUCAGCAAAAACAAAUUCAAAUGUCGAAAAUUCUUUCAAAAGUCUAGUCAGACAAAUCAAAGUAAUCAAAAGAGGUCCAGGUGGUGGAAGUAAUAACCCAAAUGGAGAUUUCGGUUCAUCAGGUCAAAAUGGUAAUAAUGGUUACUCAGGUGGAAAGAAAAAGAAACGUAAAUGUAUCAUCUUAUAA